AUGGAUACACUCCUGACCGCCGACCUGGCGGACGCUGCCUCAUCCCGCCGCCGCCAAUCAAGCACCUAUGUCGACGCCAUCCAUGAGCUGCCGGAGAAGGCGUCCAUGGCACCAGCCCAACUCUACUCCACAGAAUCUGGUCGACUCUUCCAUUCAGGCAGAAUAGUGAUUGCCACAGUCGGACUGCCUGCACGAGGCAAGACGCACACUUCUGUAGCACUAGCACGAUACCUUCGCUGGCUCGGCGUCAAAACUCACAUCUUCCAUCUAAGCGAUUAUCGACGCGAGUAUCUUGGUCCGAAUGGAGCUGUACCGGACGACUAUUUCCAUGUCAAUGCCAGCACGUCUUCUGUAUUACUGCGCAACAAGAUUUUAAAGAAGUGCCGAGAAGACAUGUUCCGCUUCCUUGACCAUGAGAACGGACAGAUCGCCAUCUACGACGCCGUCAAUCCGCUUUCGACUGGCCGCCGUGCAUUCGCAAAGGAGUUUGAGAAGAAAGGCGUCCAUACCCUCUUCGUCGAGAGCGUUUGCACCGACGAACGCAUCAUUGAGGAGAAUGUCCGCUCUGUCAAGAUCAGCUCACCAGAUUAUCUCGGCUGGUCUCCUGAAGAUGCCGUGCAGGACUAUCUCAAGCGAAUUAACGCUCGUAUACCUCAUUACGAGACCCUGGAAGAACCAGAUCUGCACUAUAUCAAAAUGAUCAACGCCGGCCAGCGCGUGAUCGCGAAUCAGUGCUCGUUCAACUAUCUCAGUCAGCGAAUCGUCUUCUAUCUCCUAAAUCUGCACAUCAAGUCCCGGCAGACAUAUUUCGUCCGAGCUGGUACGACGAGAGAUGAAGACAGCUACAAAGCCGAUGCCUCACUAUCUGUAGAAGGACAGGACUACGCACGCAAAAUGGCCGAUACACUUCUGGCACACCGGGAAAGCGAGCGACAGAAUCUCAUCAAGCAUGGUGCUCCCGCAGGCACGGCCCUCAAGCCCCUCACCAUCUGGACGAGCACGCGGAGGAGAACGGUGGAGACGAGUGAGUACCUGGCCUCGCUCGGCUACCGUGUAAGGCAAAGAAGCCAAAUGAGUCAAUUGAACCCUGGUGUCUGCGAGAAGAUGAGUGAGCGGCGCAUCCGACUCGAGUAUCCCGACGAAGUGCACAAGCACGAGAUGGACCCCUAUCACCAUCGCUAUCCACGAGCAGAGUCCUACCACGACCUAGCCGUCCGCCUCGAACCCAUCAUCCUCGAGCUCGAGCGCGAACAAAACGACCUCCUAAUCAUCGCGCACGAAUCCGUCCUCCGCGUCCUGUACGGCUACCUCAUGGCCUGCUCCGCAACAGACAUCCCCUUCCUCUCCUUCCCCCGCGACGAAAUCAUCGAGAUUAUCCCCGCCUCAUACAACAACCAAGUCAAACGGAUCACCAUCCCGGGCGUGGAGGGAAAGAUGGUCCCGGGAAGUCCGGAGGGGAUUUCCAUCCCUGUGCCGCCUAGCGGGUUCGUGAGUGGGGCUGUGAGUCCCAUGGGCGGGUUGGGGACGCCAGCUAGGGGGAAUAGUGGAACGCAAACGCCUGAGAGCGGGGGUAGUGGCGACGUGGGUGGAACGGGGUUGUUGCCUAUUAGGCUGGGGAAUGGGGGGAGUGUUGGGUCGGCGGCGGCGGGACAGCAACAGCAGCAGGGGCAGAGUCGGCAGCCGGAAAUCUCGGUUACGGAGCCCAAGGCGUGA